CUAGCGCUGCCCGCUUCCUCACUUAACAGUGCGCGAGAGCAGCAGCCUUCUGCCUUCUCUGCUUUCUGCACCACGGUCAGCUCUCGACUGUCCUUGCGCUGGCUAGGCCAGAUACGAAACUGCAACAUGUCCAUCCUGAAGAUCCACGCUCGUGAAAUCUUUGACUCCCGUGGAAACCCCACUGUGGAGGUUGAUCUCUACACCAAGAAAGGUCUCUUCAGAGCUGCAGUGCCCAGUGGUGCUUCUACUGGCAUCUAUGAAGCCCUUGAACUCCGUGACAAUGACAAGACACGUUAUCUGGGCAAAGGUGUCUCAAAAGCUGUUGAGCAUAUCAAUAAAUCAAUUGCACCUGCUCUGGUUAGCCAGAACGUGUCAGUCUUGGAGCAGGAGAAGAUUGAUAAGCUGAUGCUUGAUAUGGAUGGCACUGAAAACAAGUGUAAGCAUAUUAAUAUGAUUAAAGCUGUUAAGUUAGGUUUUAUCUUUUACUUCUCAGUGGUCUCCAUUGAGGAUCCUUUUGACCAGGAUGACUGGGAGGCCUGGACCAACUUCACAGCCAGCACUAAAAUCCAGGUAGUGGGUGAUGACCUCACUGUGACCAACCCCAAGCGCAUCGCUAAAGCCGUGUCUGACAAGGCCUGCAACUGCCUGCUGCUCAAAGUCAACCAGAUCGGAUCCGUCACCGAGUCCCUUCAGGCCUGUAAGAUGGCCCAGUCUAAUGGAUGGGGUGUGAUGGUCAGCCACCGUUCUGGAGAGACAGAGGACACCUUCAUCGCUGACCUUGUGGUCGGACUCUGCACUGGCCAGAUCAAGACUGGUGCUCCCUGCCGCUCUGAGCGCCUGGCCAAGUAUAAUCAGCUGCUGAGGAUUGAGGAGGAGCUUGGUGACAAGGCUCGUUUUGCUGGCAAGAACUUCAGGAAGCCCAUCUGAAGCGGCAACCCGUCAUCAGUCUUAGUGUGUUCAUUGUGCUUACUCUCCCACACAUAACGCCACGCAACGCCAGCUCCUGUAGAAUGGAGACUAGAUGGAAACAGUGAAUUCAAAGGUCCAGAUCUAUAAUCAAUGGCACAGAACACUGCUCUCCGUGACAGCCCCUGUCCCCAUCCCCAUCUAUGCUUUGGUAUCCAAAUAGCAUCAGUCCUUUAAUUGUGUCUCUGUGUUGUGUGAGAGAACUUUGUUUAGCUGCUUGUGAGUUGUAGUGAUUCUGGUGCUCCACUGAGUAUUUUAGCAAAGAUCUAAAGCUGUUCACUGUGCUGCCGUGUGCAGCAUGAGUAUGUGCAUUGUGUUGCUUUUGAGAAGUGUUAGUUCUAUAUGCGUGGCAUAAUAAAUAAAUGAUCCCUAUUAAAA